UCAUUACUUUCCAAACUUAUAAACUUUGAAAUUUAGUUUUUUAUUUUAGUUUGUGACGAGAUACCGAGCAUUUCAUCUCAAUCUAUUUUUUUAAUCGUCAUCUGUGUAAAUGAUAUUCUGAAUCGAGAUUUAUUUAUUUUUUAAUGAGAAUUUCAUAUAAUUACUUGUAUCUAUGAUCUGACGGACAGAAACAGAGAAACUUGGGGAGGAAGAGGCUAAAUAGUACAGUAGUUCUUCCUAAUUUCUCCGCCUUAGUCUCAGGAACAGAUACAGCUAUAGUGCUUACUGUUCUAGCUACUAGAAUUUUGUCCUUUCUUACUUUUUAAACUGUUGUUUUAGCAUAUGACCCGUGCCUGUCAACUGUUUGCUAAUUUGCCAUUAGAAACUUAAUCAACUCUUUCAUUUGUUAUUUUCAUGUAUCAAAAUUUUUACCUUUUCGUUUUCCUAUUUUUGUUGAUAAUUUCUUCCUGUGAUCUUGUGGAAACUAAUUUGUUUAUGUCCUGUGAUCUGUGGAAAUCAUAGCAUCUAUCGUUUCCUUCCUUAUAUGAUUUCCAGAUAUGGCUCUUUUGCAGUCUUUUUCUGUUAUAUGCAAGAGGGAGAUUGAUAAGAUUUCUGUUAGAACUUUGAAGGAUAAGGGGGAAAUGUCACGAUUUCGUGGACUGUGUCAAGCUUCUUUAAAUGCAACAAAGAGAGCUCUUGCGUGGAAUGUUGAAGAUUUGAUGCCUCCUACUGAGAAAUGCAUUUUCAAAUUUAACUCAAAAGAAGAGCUUAAGAAGUGGCAUCUCUAUUCAGAUUCCGAGUAUGGAGGUACGUCUAUAGUUCACUUAGCCACACCAUCAAGGAAGCAAUUAAGAAAUCAUCUACCGGUAAAGAUAUUUUGCACCUGGAUGAAAUGGUUGUCCUCAGCUUCUCUGGAAAUACUGGAUGCUGGAAAUGGAGUAAAUGGGAUUUUCUCUGGAAAUCUUUCCCUGGAUGUAACUGAGGGUUCAAAGUGGAACAUUACUCGAAGUGGCUUCUGUGGAAUGCGGUCAAAGAAGUUUGAUGGCUUUAUCGAUUUGGAUGCAUACAACACUAUAGCUUUGAGGCUCAAAGGAGAUGGAAGAUGUUACAUAUCUACUAUUUAUACAGAGAACUGGGUAAAUUCACCAGGGCAACCUGAAGACAACUCAUGGCAAGCUUUUGUUUUUGUUCCCAAGGACAACUGGUAUAUUGCGAAGAUUCCUCUAGCUCGCUACCUGCCAACAUGGAGAGGGAAUGUCAUAGAUGCUAAGUUAGAGAUGAAUCCAUCUCGAGUUCUAGGGAUGUCUCUUUCGGUUAAUGCAGAAGGUGGUAUUCCAGGAGCUAAAUCUGGAGCAGGUGAUUUCAAAAUUGAAAUUGAUUGGAUCAAAGCUUUGAGAACACAAUGAGUGAUUAUACAGACUUAGGAGAUUGUGGAUGGGUUUUAUCAGAGCAUUGAGUUUUGAUCAUUGUAAACAGUUUCUUUUAGUUAUGAGGUAACCAAUAAAAAUAUUUGUGUGAUUUUACUUCUGGCAUAAACACUGGUCAGAAAACAUGUUUCUUACCCCACCAAUUUUGUUGGAUGUCCUAUGAAAAGAUAUGAUGCUCUUCCAGAUAA